GUUUGUUGUAAUUAUUAAGUAUCUAAUUUGUUGAAAAAUCUCAUAAAAUAACUUAAAAUAAUUCAAAAACGUAUAAAAUUAUAAUUCAAGUCAAGUGAGUCUAUAAAAUGCCCAACGAGGCGCUAAGUGGAGCGUCGUUUAUAAAUUCUGUCGGCACAUCAAAUUCCGAGGAGAGUAAACAAAAUGUCGACAGUUCUUUAGAGAUUCCUUUAAUAGAUUCCGAAAUCAAUAAAGUAUGUUUAUCACAGCACAGUGACACGGAAAUACAGUUUCAGAUGGAAAUAAAAUUGGAACUAGAAGAAAAUUAUGAAAAGGAAGAUUCUCAGGAUGAUUUUAAUAAUGUAGACUUUGCCUCCACAUAUUGUGAUGUUGUGAUAAAAGAAGAUAAUGAAUGUAGUCAAUCAGAUCCGAAAACAACAGAACAUUGUUUGGAACUAAAAGAGUGUAACGGUAUGGGGAUAAGUAAAUUACAAUACAUGAUUGACGUUAAUAUAGUAAGAGAAGAAUUAAAAAAGGAAAUCAAUAAUGUUAAGGAGAGAACAAAAAGAAGAGAAAAAUACAACUAUUUGUGUGAUAUCUGUCCGUACAAAGCAAAAACAGACAAUGCUUUGGCAAAUCAUAAACAGCUACAUAGUAAUCCCAGUGAUGCUACAUUGUUUACCUGCAAAUUUUGUCCGUAUGUUACAAAUCAUAGAUCAUACAUCAUUUUACAUGAAAGAGUGCACACUGGAGAUAAACCAUUUGCCUGUAAUAUAUGUGAUAUGAAGUUUUCACAGACCAGAUCUCUCAGCCGACACAAAAGAGUCCACAUGGGGAAGAAACCGUUUAUUUGCGACGUUUGCAACCGCCAUUUUGCUCAAAAAUACAAUUUAGUCAAACAUUUAAGAACCCAUACAAUCGUUAAACCCUACAAAUGUGAUAUGUGCAGAUAUAAAUUUACGGACAUUGAUAGCUUAAACGCUCAUAGGCUUACGCAUACUGAGGAGCGGCCUUUUAUGUGUGAUCUCUGUCAACACAAGUUCACUAGGAGAAGUUGCUUGAUUGAGCACAUGAAAGUACAUUCCGGAAUAAAACCGUACCAGUGUUUGAAGUGUGGUUGCAGUUUCUCAAAAAAAGUGAAUCUAGAUAAUCACAAUAGGAUACAUACGGGGGAAAAACCGUAUAUGUGUGAUGUAUGCAAAAGAUACUUUUCUCAGCGGAGUAAUCUCAUAAGCCAUCGACUGAACUCUCAUCCAGACGCUAAACCGUUCACCCCAGAAGAGGGCAAACUGUUCUUGCAGAGACCCCGAAAACCAAAGUCGAAGAAGCCUAAAUUGCCACCUGACGUAAGACCUUUCCCGUGUGAAGUUUGUCAGCGCAAGUUCAGACAGAAAUGUGAUAUGCAGAAACACAUGCGGAUACAUACAGGUGAAAAGCCUUAUGCGUGUGAUAUUUGUGACAUCAGGUUCACUCAAAAGUAUCAUUUGGUUACGCAUAAGAGAACACACACGGGGGAGAAGCCUUAUACUUGUGAUUUAUGUAAUCGGCAAUUUACACAGAACAGUAAUCUGAAUGUCCACAAAAAAACACAUGCUCGGGAGGUGGUCGAAUUCUUGGAGAGUUUGUAGAAUUUGCUCACCAGACACUAAGGCUGGUAUAAAUAGUCAGUACUUAAGAUGCGAUCCGGUCUCAAGAC